AUGUCUGGCAUCGAGUCGACCGAGGAGCCUUGCAGCAGCAUGACAGAGUCGCAGACUCCGUCCGACUUGGGGUCUGAAGAGCGGCUGACUCGCAAGGAUUCUGGCCCGCAGUCGCAGAGCCCUACCAAACGACACUUCGCCUUUUCGCCUCACCGACUUAUCACAUCGAUCUCGCGACAUACGUCGCCUCACAAGCCACGACCGAAAUCCCAGUCAAGGGUGCCCACGCCGAAACUGCAUCCUCUACCGCCACACCGCCUGGUUAGUCCUGAGAGAGAUAAGCCUUCCAUAGAGGGCAUAUCCAAGUCGUUUGUGAGCUUUCUCACUGCUGCCAGCGUCUAUGCUGGGUUCCAGGAUUUAGAGGGAGAAGACCAACAAGUGUCGCCCGACGACGUUUCUGCGGGCGAAUCAGAGGACCAGCAAGAUAACGAAUCGUCUGAUGAACACGAGGACGACGACCGGGACGACCGAACAUUUUACGCCACAGACCCGUCGCCCACCGAGCUGACCAUCAAUGAGAACACGCUAUUGCCAGAGCCAGAGCCACCGCGUCGGACGCUACGCAAAGCCAGAUCGCGGUUUGAGUUUUCUGUGGUCAAGAGACUUUCUGAGAACGAAAGCGAUCAGCUGGCGCAGAAACGAGCUAUUGCGCUCUCGAACAAGCUGAAGAGAACAUUCGACAUUUCCGAUACAGAUGAGUUCAUCAGCGAUUAUCCGUGCUGGCUGAUGGGAGACGUUCUGUUGCAGGGCCAUCUGUAUAUCACCAAGCACCACAUCUUGUUCUUUGCAUUUUUGCCCAAGAAACAGGGCUCGAUCUCGAAGUCGGGAGCGCUGACCACGAAAUCGUAUCCGUCUCUCAGGGAGCACCGCAAAUGGGCUGUCUUGCGCAACAACACCUUCAGCGUGUAUUCAAACUCGACAGAUCUGUAUUUUCCGCUCCUGGUGAUCGAUCUUCGAACUGCUUUGCGAGCGGAGAUUCUCCAAAGCAGUAGCACCGAACAGAACCCUAGCAAGCCUGUGUGGAUUCGAAUCAUCACAGAGUCAAGAACGCAUUGGUUUCUAGCCGACAACUUAGCUUCAGCCAGAUCCUGGGUUUCGAGUCUGAAGAAGCACAUUUUCGCAUCCAAGAAUAAAGGCGACCAGGUGGCGAUCAAGAUCCCGUUGCAGAACGUUGUGGACUUGGAGCUGACCUCUGUCAUUGGGGUCACCAAAAACUUGAGGAUCAAGGUCAUUGAAAGCGCAGAUACUUUUGCCAUAGACGAUUACUUCCUGAUGUUCUUUUCAAGAGGAGAAAAGGCCGUGGAGGAUAUCAAGAAAGUGAUUCACGAUGCAGGCAUGGAGAUCUCGGAGGGAACAAGCACCGAAAGCGAGGAAGAGCCGGGCGUGGACAACAAUCUUCUGAAAUCCAAGAUCGAGCUGCUGAAAAAGUCUCCCUCGAUGGUGCAGACUUCCAGUAAGUCGAACAUCGCCGCCAUCCGAAUGAGCGAGCCUGCUGACGAACUCGGUCCGGAGCAAGAAUCUGCGCAAAGCUCUAAAUUUGUGUCGGACGACGAGAUUGUGUCGGCAGACGACAACCAAGUGCUGGAAGAGAAGCGACCCGAGGACAAUCUCGCAAAUGCUGAAAAGGACAGCCAGGACAAAGUUUCCAGAACCAACAGCCGUCGUACGUGGUCGACAAGGUCUCUAGUGCAAGGCCUAACGGCUAUCACGCAAGGAUGGAUGUCGCCUUCUCCCAUGGCCCAUUUUGAUGAGAAAUACGCGAUGGUGCGAGGAGAGGAGGAUUCGUAUUUCAUCAAGGAUCCGGAGCAGCGUAAAGCAGCUACGGAGCGGUUCAGAAAACAUUUUUCACUCACGGAUGCUGAAAAGCUCAUUGCCACGUACCAUGCGUAUCUGGUCAAGGGAAUUCCUGCAUACGGUAAGAUAUAUCUUGGGUCCAACGAGAUGUGUUUCCGCUCGACAUUGCCCGGAACGGGAACGAUAAUGAUUCUACCCUUUUCGGAUAUUGAAAACGUGAACAAGGAGAAGGGUUUCCGAUUCGGGUACUCAGGACUGGUGGUUGUCAUUCAUGGCCACGAAGAGUUGUUUUUCGAGUUUGCGAGCGACCAGGCACGUGACGAUUGCGAGUUCAUGCUUUUGAAGCAGAUGGAUAUGUUCAAGAAAGGAAGCACCGACAGCAGUCCUCCGAAUGCAAGCGAAGGCUCGAGCGAUGAGAGCUGCAAUUUAGCGGAGUCCAACACAAGUUUAGCGUCGGCCAGAUUGAGGAUGUUUGAGAACCGUAUCCAUGAUGCAAUAGGUCUGGACGUUCCGAUUAUCAUAGAAGAGCACCCCUUGACAAAGACCAAGGUGCGGCCGCUGAAAUCUUAUAAGUUCACGCUUCUGACGAUUGGAUCGCGAGGAGACGUCCAGCCAUACAUUGCGUUGGGAAAGGCCCUGAUAAAAGAGGGGCACCAGGUUCGUAUUGUCACUCAUGUCGAGUUCGAGCCCUGGAUCAAGAAAUACGGAAUCAAAUUUGCUUCGAUAGCGGGAGACCCAUCCGAGCUCAUGGCAUUGAUGGUCACCCACCCAACCAUAAAUUACAACUUUAUAAAGGAAGCCAAGUCAAAGUUCCGCAGCUGGAUCGAUGACCUAUUAGUCACCUCAUGGAAAGCGUGCCAGGACACAGAUAUUCUGAUCGAGUCUCCCUCUUCGAUAUGCGGGAUCCACAUUGCUGAAAAGCUGCAAAUUCCUUACUUCCGUGCGUUUACUAUGCCAUGGACACGCACAAGAGCGUACCCCCAUGCCUUCAUGGUUCCUGACCAGAAACUGGGCGGUGCCUACAAUUAUAUGACCCAUGUUGCUUUCGAAAACGGGUACUGGCGAGGAACCGCUCAUCAAGUGAAUAAAUGGCGUGUUGAGACAUUGGGGCUGCCAAAAACGUCUUUAGCCGAGAUGAAACAGAAUAACGUUCCUUUCCUUUACAACAUCUCGCCAACAGUCUUCCCUCCUUCUGUGGAUUUUGCUGAGUGGGUCAAGGUGACCGGGUACUGGUUUUUGGAUGAGAGCGAGACAUACGAGCCACCCGAGGCUCUGAGUCAGUUCAUUGAGCAGGCGAGAAAAGACGAAAAAAAAGUGGUUUACAUAGGGUUCGGGUCCAUCGUGGUCUCCAAUCCUUCGGAACUUACCCAGGCGGUAGUGGAUGCCGUUCUUGAGGCCGACGUCAGGUGCAUACUGAAUAAAGGCUGGUCAGAUCGUCUGGGAACCAAGACGGAUAUCGAGGUGGCGCUACCUCCUGAGAUACAUAAUGCCGGAAGCGUGCCCCAUGAUUGGCUGUUUCCUCAGAUCGAUGCUGCCGUUCAUCACGGAGGCUCUGGAACCACAGGGGCCUCGCUGCGGUUUGGUCUGCCGACGAUCAUUAAGCCGUUUUUUGGAGACCAGAAAUUCUAUGCGGGAAGAGUCGAGGAUCUUGGAUGCGGUCUUGGGCUAAAAGAUCUGAACUAUAAAAGUCUUGCAAGGGCGCUCAAGGAGGUGACCACCAACACGAGGAUUAUCGAAAAGGCCAAACUUGUCGGAGCCAGAAUCCGGUCCGAAACAGGCGUUCAAAAUGCCAUUGAAACCAUUUACAGCGAGAUGGAGUACGCUCGGAGCCUAUCUAUCAGCAAAGUGAAACAGGUUUCUGUUGUGAAGAGCGACGAGGAGUUUGAUGACGACAAAGACGACGAGGUCGAAGGCUCGUGGCUACUUGUUUGA